AUGUCCGGAGCCACCAGUGACCAGCUGCACAGAUCCACUCUGACGGUGUAUCUGAACCUGAUGGAGCACUUUAAUCCUGGCCUGCAGAAACUUGUUGCUUUAGGAAACAGCUACAUCACGGCGUUCCGAGCUUUAGCAGCUUCCAGUGAGGCUUACUUCAGUGCUGUGGCUAAGAUGGGCGACCAGGCGCUUCACACACUCUCCUCUCGCUCUCUGGGAGACGUGCUGAUCCAGGUGUCGGAGACUCAGAGGAGGCUCACUGCAGAGAUGGAGGGUGUGUUCCGAUGGUUUCAGAUCGAGGUUCUGCAGGCCAUGGAGAAGAACGUCAAGCUGGAUGAGGAGUACAUCGAUGGCAGCCGCAGAGUGUACGAGCUGGAGGUGAGGAACCAGGCCGAGAGUCUGGAGAAACAGCUGAGGAGAGGAGUGUACAGAGACUCCCUGGAGAACAGUGAGUACAUGCUGUACCUGCGUCAGAGUCAGCAGGAGAUCUUGAAGGAGGAGGAGAGGAGGUACCGCUUCCUGGCUGAGAAACACUGCGGACUCACACAGUCCCUGCUGUUCCUCAUCAACAAGACUGGAGCGUCUCUGCAGCAGAAGGCCGACGGCUGGAAGGAAAAAGUGAACGAGACCAAAGGCUCCAGACCUCGGACGCCCACCCAUCCCGACCAGGAUGCACAGCUGCGGGGCUCGGUCAGCUCCCUCCUGCAGACUGUAGCCAGAGAUGAGGACAUGUCCUGGGCCCGCAGAGAGCAACAGGCGCUGGGCAGAGUGCCCUCCAGAGCACCCUCCCCCCUCCCCAGCCGCUCCCGCUCCAGCUCAGUGGGGGAGUCUCUGGGUCUGGGAGCGGGGAGAGCCAUGAGAGCGCUGGUGUCUCACCCCUCCUCCUCCAACCCCAAACUCCUCCCCUUCACCCGGGGGGAGACAGUCACCGUCCUGGUGCUUGAGCCCCGCAACGGCUGGCUGUACGGACGCACCGACAGCAGUCUGAGGCAGGGCUGGUUUCCUGCAGCCUACGUGGCUCCUGUGGAGGAUCUCUCCAACACUUUGGCAGCCAGUGGUGUUUCUCUGCGGAGCCACAGCAUGAACAACCUGUUGGACCCGACUGACAGCUACACCGACCAAUCAGAGAGCACCAGUUUCGGAGAUGUCCCGCCCCCGGCCACCCCCAACCGCAGAGCUUCCUCCUCCUCCCCCCUACCCGAGAGGAAGCUGGAGGCAGCAUCGGAGACCAAGCCCCCCCCUCACCCACCUCCCCCACCACCUCCUCCUCCCUCCUCCAGUCUGAGGAGGGGCUCCACUGAGUUCAGACCCAUCUCCCCCCUCCCCGAGAGGAAGGGGGAGUCAGCCUCUGAUGCACUAUCGCCCCAUGGGCAACCUGAAAACCUGCUGUUCCCCAGAGGCACCAACCCGUUUGCCACCGUGAAGCUCCGACCCACCACCACCAACGACAGAUCCUCUCCUCACAUCCACUGAUCCUCCCCGCUCUGGGACCGGGUCAGGAGGACCUUUCUGUUUCAGGAGAGUUAAAUAUCUUCUGAAGUGUAGAGAGGUGUUCAGCCCCAGAGGCAGAGGUUUGGUGAGUGUUUGCACAGUUUUAGGUGAGAUGAUUGUACUAGGAGUUUAAG